AUAAGCGAAAAUUCAAUACAGAUAUUCUAUUAUCCAUGGUAUGGAAAUCCUGAGCAUGAUAAUGGGAAGUAUUAUCACUGGAAUCACAAAUAUCUUCCGCACUGGGAUCAGACUCUCGAGGAGCAGUAUCCAGCAGGCCCACACAUUCCACCAGCAGAUAUCAGCUCAAAUUUCUAUCCAUUGCUGGGACCGUAUAGCAGCCGGGAUCGCGCUGUUAUUGAGCAACACAUGAGGUGGAUGUCAUCUGCAGGCAUAGAUGUUGUUGUUGUUUCCUGGUAUCCUCCGGGGCUUGCCGAUGAGGAAGGACAUCCGUGGGAUGAUUUGAUCCCGAUGCUAUUGAAUAUCACGGAGGAGUAUCGAAUGAAACUGUCUUUUCAUAUGGAGCCUUAUGCAGGAAGAAAUGCAGAAUCUCUUUUUGCCAAUAUUAAAUAUAUAAUUGAUAAUUACGGCAGCCAUCCUGCUUUGUAUAGCGGAAGAAGACAGGGACUGAAGAAUGAUGAAAAGGAACGGGAACUACCAUUAUUAUAUUUCUAUGAUUCAUAUCGCGUGCCUGUGGAUGAGUGGUCAAAAUUAACAACACCUACAGGAAUGUAUUCCGUACGCAACACCAAGUAUGAUGUAUUUUUUGUUGGUAGGUUUUCUCAUUUCGCAUUAGUAAUUCUCACACCUAGAAAACAACCCUGCCUAGAAAAAAGAAUUUGA